AGAAGAAAAUAAUAUACGAACCGACGCAGACUUCGCUAACUAUCUCUUGAACUUGUGAGUAUUUGGUGAAAGCCACAUUGGGUCAUAUUUCUGACUGAUAAAAGCACUGCGGGACCUCGGUGCAGGACGUUUCUGAAGUGACGUUCUGCUUCUCGUGACAAGUCACGGUGUGUUCAGGUAACACGUGUGUUAAUGUCAGGUUUGACAGCUCGGCUUUGCGAUGCUAAAAUGUGGCGGUGCCUGCAAACUAAAACAGCCUGUUUAAAUAUCUAAUACGGAAGCGGAGAUUGCUUAAACAUUUCCCCUUUUUCGUAAAAUGCUCUUACAGAGCACAGUCCGUAAAACCGUAGACUGUAUAGCGUAAAACACCGGUCAGCGUUGGGGGGACUACUUUUUCCUCCGCGCUGGCGAGAAACCAGACAAGAGGACGCUCUGUAAAGUUGGGUUCGUAUUGACCAUGGCUGUGGCUUGGGAAUAUGCAACGUGUUUAAUGAAAGUAUCAGUGUUUUAGAAGCCUGGUACACAUUUUACUUGUCAUUACCUCCUGCAGCUGCUUUGUGGAUUAAUUGUUUUUAUUUAAAAUUCAUCUUUAGGUGUUAUAAUUAUUGAAGUUGUAUUAGAUAGAUAGAUGCUCUAAUGUUCUUAUUUAUAGGUACUGUAUGUGACCACUUUUAAAACAAGACAUUUUGUUUCUCAUUAACACCCUAAAAGAUGUUUCAAUUUGAGAAUCAAAAAUUCAGUAUGUAAAUAAAUAUAAGGAAGCACUUAAAGCAGAGCAAGCUGUGAACCUUUUGAGAAACGAGUGGGAUGCUGGUGCAUCACGAGGGGUUUCCCCUCCCAUCUUAUGCAGAUGUUUUAUUGAAUGAGGCCUGUUACACCUACAGGAGCUUCAGAAAACUCUGUUCCAAACAUUAAUAUGUCUAAAUAUCUCUGUGUGUGAACUCAGAAUGAGGUUAGUCAAGACAGCUUAAGGCAUGGGGUGCAGUGUGUUGAUAAUAAAUUAAAGGUUCUGCUUAUUUCAACCUGUUUCAUUGUGAAAACACACUCUUUAUGCAUUAAGCUGAAACUGUAGCAAAUAUUUAACGAUUUUCACUGUAUACCCUUAGUUAAAAUUAUAAAAGACCCAAUAGUUGAAUGUGGUAAUUACUAAUCAUAUUUAUUAUAGGUUCUUAUUACACAUUAGUUACAUAAAGGUGUCCAAAAAUGUCAUAUACACAGACCUCGGGAACCUAGUGUUCAUUUUGGCAUUACUGUCUUGUCUGACUCGUUAAGAGGUUGUUCUGAAAAUAAAUACCACUGAAUUAAUUUAAAAAAUACUGUAUAUAUAAGGUUUGUGUGUGUGUGUGUGUCAAAAUCACAUUACUGUUAUGGAAAUUCAUUUUCUGUAACCUCACUCAUACAAAGUAUAAUAGUUAAAACUUAAAAGCGUUUUCGUAUAGAUUUUGCACAAACUUUAAAGCUACAAGGAGGCGCUUUCAUUUUGUGUUGAUUUUGGCGGUCUCUGUGGACAAAAGCGGUAGUUAAAGCUCCUCCUGCUGAAGCUCUGACUGCAGAGUGAAGGUGGCAGCAAAGCAGGAUCUGGAUCCGGUGGAGGUCUGGUUGGUGCUUGAGGCCCCGCUGGACUCUGAGCGGGAGGAGUUUCUGUUGAACCUGCAUGAUUUCAUCUGAUUUCACCGGAAUCUGACCCGGUGACACUGAUGACAUGCAUUAAGAAAAACUAUAUAGAAAUAGACAAUCUUCUCGUUUAUUUUCUCGUUUACUUAUAGUGGUCAUACAGUAGCAACAGUAUUAAAUUGAGACUGUUUCAUAACCAGUAAGAUUUCCUCACAGUAACUUUAAGAAAGAAAGAGUCCAAGAAUAGCCAGUGGACACUCCAGCAACUUAAACCAUGUGGAGUUCAGAGGAUAGGUUUGUGUUUGUUCUGUAACUCAACGCCAUUUAAAUGUUUUAACAAUAAAGACAACUUUGAACAUAAUUUCUACGAGUAUAGUGUAAUACUUAAAGCCAGCCUAUUUAGACAACAGAAAGGUUUAAACUUUUACAUUAACACCUAUAAGUCAAGCAAGAGGAGAUCAUUUGUCAUAUAAAACCAGUUAUCUCACAUGCUGAAACAUGGACACACAGCAUGCACCUCUGCCCUGUAUUGUUGAUCCAGACUGCCACCUGUUGGACAAAAUCAGAUCACACAAAAUAUCCUCGGGGCGCUACAGUAAGGGUCUCAUUUAGAGAAACUGGAAACCAAAUCUUGACCUUUGCCAUCGACCACUUUUUAACGUUUAAAAAUUGGAAUAGCAAAUAUUUAAAUGCUGCUGUUACAGUUGGAACCGGAACUAGACAAAGCUGCAUGUGCGUUUGCUCUGGUGUGCGCACAGUCAGCUGUUUUAGGGACAAUGGUGAGGCAAAUGAAGUUGUUUGACUGUGUUUCUAACCUAUGUUGUUAAUGCAUUGUAUGUUGAUAAUUCAAUAUGUAAAUGUAUUGAGAGAUACUAAGCAUUAUCUAGGGGAAACAUUUAAAACUCACUAUGGGAAAUCUGUAGUUUUGAAUGCCUCCAACAGUGGUGGCCUAGAUUUCAUAGACUUGCUCUUUUAACAGUACAUUAAAAAAUAAACUCAGGGUUCUCACGUUUCCUGGAAGACAUGUGAAACUGUUAUUUUCCCCAUUUUCCAGUCAUGGAAAUCACCUGGAAAACGAGUGGGAAAAGUCAAAUAUCUUGGAAAAUCUUGUGUUGCUGUGUUUCAACAUUCUUCUAUUUGUUUCUCAAGGUGAGAAUGAACUACUGGCCUGUCUAUCAGAUACGCUUCCCAAAACGAAUAACAUAACAAUAUUUGUAUUUCAGUUCACUAAUGUUUACAAUCGAUACAGCCGAGCUAGAUAUAGCUCGUCUCUUAUUAUAUUGACUCCUAUCUUACCCGACUACUACACUUCCCAGAAUGCAUAGCGACAACGUCUGUACGCUCAACGGUCACGUUCACCAAUUGCUAGAGCAGACUGUUGGUCGCUGUACUGAAGUCAGAAAUGGUGGAAGUCGUCGGUCUAUAAUUGAUCGGGUGUUAUCUGUGUACCGAUGCCGGGAUGUGCUCCGUACCGGGCUGUAAGGGCUACAAGAAGGCGAGGUCACGGGGGGUGGUCUUCCACUCUCUGCCCACCAGAGACCUGGAGCGAUGCAGGACGUGGCUAAAGGCCAUCCAGAGCCCCAGGUUUGAUGAAGAUACACCAGUGAGUAAAUACGGCAAUAUAAGAGUAUGCAGCCAGCAUUUUCAACCGGAGGAUUACGAGCCGGACAUACAAGCAGAAUUUAUGAAAACAACGCCCCGAAAAGUCCUCAAGUCCAACGUAAUUCCAACUAUUUUCUCCGGGAGGCAGCGAGAGAACCUCAGCGCGUCUCUGCCAGCAGGAGACAGGAGCCGGACGGAGCCUUCUUCCUUGAGUGUCCAAGGUACUGGUGUGGAUAUCGCAUCCCCUUCUCCCUCCCUGCCAAUUCCUAUGGCCUCAGGAGCUCCAAGCACGUUGUCCCAGCCUCCUCCUCCGGCUGAACUCGGCCAACGUUUGAGCAGCGUGGCAUCUGUGGACCGUCUGAGUGAGAGCCUCCAGCACGAGACUGAGUUAAGCUCAACAGCAACAUCAAAAUCAGAUGAGAACGCGGAAAAAGACUUGAGUCAGUCAAAGACUAUUGUGAAUGACAGCUGUUUGAUGGAGCUGCUUAAGAAGUGUCAGACAUGUGGACAGCCCAUAACCAAAAAGAAGGUGUCUCACUGCAGUGCACAGAAGAAGGUGAAGUGGAGCUGCCUUGGCGGACACAGAGGCGUAUGGAUGUCAUCACCUCACCUUUGGGAGGCGUUUCCUGAAGUCCACCUCCUCACAACUCUUUCCGUUCUCUUUUCUGGAGGCACUUUUACACACUUUAAAAAAUGGGCCAAACACCUGCACCUUCAUUUUAUGGGGCAUAAAACCUUUUUUGAAAUUCAAAAGGCCUACCUCAACCCAGAAAUUAAACCGAUGAACAGGACUGAGCGGGAAGGGAUCUUUGCAAAGGAGGUCCACCAGCGGCCUGAAGGAAGUCGUCUUCACAUUUCAGAUCCUCUGAAGGCCAAGUCGAGGAGAAGAGAGAAGGGAGCUCUAUCGUCAAGUUAUGAAGAAAGAUCCUUGAUAUCUACUGGAACAUUUAUGCAAGACCCUUCUGCACCAUCAAGUCUUGGGUGUGUGUCGGCCUCUGAAAGAGGUAAACAGCGCCAACUAGAUGAUGAGGAACAUCAGAGUGAAGCCACACAUGUGGCAACAGAGGUGGACUGGCUCCAGGACAGCUUUGAAGAGAUGGAGGUCACAAUUGACGACGUUGACUGCAAAAGUGUGAAGAGCCGACUAUCUGACUUGGAUAGUGAUCUUAAAAGCAUUGUAGAAACAACUGAGCUGAGCGCUGUAAAGGCUGAGGACAGCUGUGAUGAAGACGUCUACGUACCAAUAGUUCCUCAGAGGUCCACAGCCUCUGAGCUUUUACUGGAAUGUGAAGAAGAGGAGCUGGAGCCAUGGCAGAAACACACUUUACGUGUUCACCUGAAAGAAGAGGAGGUGGAGCCAUGGCAGAAACACACUUUACGUGUUCACCUGAAAGAAGAGGAGGUGGAGCCAUGGCAGAAACACACUUUACGUGUUCACCUGAAAGAAGAGGAUGAUGCUGGAGAGUUGAGUAAUGAUCAAACAGACUGUAAGCCAGAUUCUUUAACUCUUCAGAGCUGGUCAGCUUGUCAGCACACAGUAACACCUGAAGUCUUUGGUGUUGUCCACACUUCUGAGGUGCAUCAAAUCAGCAACAACCCUGUGUCCUUAUCCAGUGCCCGGAGUCCUAAAGUAUAUGCAGCAUCAUCUACCCAGCUGUUUUCAGACCAGUCCAACCCACAGACUCUCUCGCCACCCUUUUCUCUGCCGUGCUUUACCGUAGUUAAACUUGAAUCAACUGGCACAUCAAACAAACAAUGAAUAAUUAACUUUAGUGUACCAACAGUCAUAAUGGGUAAGUUGACAAGGGGUGAUAAACAUAAUGUGUUGAAAUUGAAUAACAUGCAGAUUAUUUGCACAUCCAAGUGACUAUUGGCUCUUUCUGUCUGGCGACAGUGGUGAGCCCUGCACACAGCACCUGUUGCCUCAUUUUUCAAGUAUAUUUUUUUUUUUUAAAUCCUUUUAGUUAAACCUGUGGUAUGUCUGUUACAUUCCACAUCAAAGAUUUUAUUGUACAUUAUUAUUGUGUACAGUCAAAAUAAAUUAUUAAAUCAAAACCCAUGUUCUGGUGCUUCAUUGCUUCGUUAUUCAAAUGCAUGGUAUGGGUUUAUAGUUUCUCUAUAAUACAUUAGGAUGUUGUGAUAUCAAUCAUUGUAAGUAGCUGUGAAGCAGCAUAGAAGUGUUUAGUUUAACCAUAGCUGUUUAAUAAAGGUUGGUCUAAAUCGGUGGUUCCCAAACUCAUGCCUCCAUCUGGAAGCCCUUUCCACCAUCAAGUAACCUGUUUGCAUAUUUUUAUUUCAUCAACCAUAACAUUUCUGGUGCAAACUAGAAAGAACAUUUCGGAAAAAAAUAAUGUUUUGCUUUCUCAGUCAAUUUUGGUAACUUUAAUUUAGACAUGAUACUAUCAACCACAGUACUACAGUACAUGUGAACUACAAUUGUGCAGUCUCCUGUUUAAUUCAGAACAUGCAGGACAAUGGCAGCUAAGACUGUUCAGGAACAAGUGCUACUGUUUAGAUUUGUGUGUCCUUUCUCUUGCGCUUGCACAUUACUGAUGGCACAGUGACUAAUAGUCAAAUGGUGAAAAAACAUUUGUUAAGUUUGCAUACAUGAGCAGAGUGUACAGAUGCUAUAUUUAAAUGUGACAAAUCUAUUAAAUUCUUUUCUGUACCAUUAUCUCCGCAGGGGAGCUUCUUUAGUCAACAGCAGCCACAGAAUAUUUUCUAGACC